AUGGCAUCAUCGUCUCUACAGAUUUGUGCAUUGCUGCUGGCUGUAACAGGAUUCACCAUUUUAAUUUUUACUACCAUGUCUAACAGAUGGAAAACUUCAGACACCGCAACAGUGCUAGUUACUGCAGACUGGAUUUCUGAAGGUCUUUGGAUGGACUGUGCAGUGACUGCUUUUGGAUCAAUACAGUGCAAGAAAUUUAUCUACAUGUUGAGUUCAGACA